AGCCCCUGAGCACAGAACAACUUUCACAGUGUGUCUGUUUGGUACAGACUUUGUAUCUCCCCCCAAAAGAAUCAAGUCAUGCUCGGAAAAGAAGCUGCCAGUUCCAGGUGGAUCACUGAAGAACGCAGCGGAGCCAUUGAACCUAACUGAAAGAUAGAUGCAUUUUUAAGAUGAAAAAGGAAAAAAAAAACACCCAACAUCACACAACUGAAAACCUGUUCUUCAAGAGAGAGAACAACAUACUCUCUGUUGGUGGCUUGCACAGAAUUUCACUUGACUAGAGCUAAUGUUUACCUCAGAGAAAAGGAUUAUGAGGAUAAUAAGAUAGGUUUCCGAGAAACGGAGGAAUGGUCCUGAUCCGAGCGAGGCAAAUGACCAGGUCUGCUGGCAAAUGAAAUGGCGAGCCUAACACGAAGCUGUAAACAGACAGAGAGGUGAAUACGCUGCCAGAAGCCACUUCGUGGAAAGACUUAACAAGAGAGUUCAAUGAAUGUCAACCAUCUUGCACCCAGAGAAGGCAGCAAAUGGAGCAGUGGCCACUGUAUCUGUAUUGUGGAUGAGACCCUCUUGUAGGAGGAGACGCAGUAUCCCGCUGUGGCGACAGCCAUUUGGCAUCAGCACUGAGAAGCGGCGUGUGGCAAGGCUAGGUUGAUGUAGGCUCUGGAAGUCCCAUAUCUGGGGAACUGAAAGGAAGAGCUCAGCACAGACAAGCGAGGGACAUCUCAGUACCGAAAUUGCCUGAAAUCUGCCAGGAGGAUUGGGCAUAGAAUGUGUGUCAAAUGAGGAAUCUGCAGCAUCUUUGAUAGGAGCCUGCAACAGCCUUUGGCAUGACAGCAAAAGAACAUGUGUUGUUUGGGGCAAAUAGGUGUAUUUUGGGAUGAUUCUGUUACUCAAAGAUGUCUGUGACAUCAGACUGACUCUCCCAUCUGCAUUUAGUUUAUUGGCGUGACAUGGGCAAAGGAAGAAGCGAAAAGGUGAACUGGAUCCAAUAGCCGAGAGCAACAGUGCCUGUGCUUGACAAGUUUCUCGUUCGCUUUUACCUACUCUGGCAGAAUUAGGCACGUAUCUUAGGGUCAGUUUGGGAACAAUGUGCUUACGCCCUGUCUUAGAAAGAAGCGAAAGGCAAAGUUUUUACUGUGACCGUUGACGUGCCAGUUGGGAUGCGGUUUUGAGGAAGAACAUUUGUGAGGAUAGGCGAGGAGCCUGGUCCUGCUUUCAUUUAGACCGGUACAAACCCUGUUCUGCGCUUGAAACGUUGUCGUGCUGCGAGCGAAUAACUCUUAGUGUUGUAACUAGGUCCUUGUCGGGCUUUAUAUGAACUUGUGUGCUAGCUGAACCCCACCCACCUCGAACAGUUGUGCUGUUGCUCUUUGGCGUCUUUUUCAGAUGUUGUGGUCACACCACCUACUGCAUAAAUGAGAGCUAGUUUUCUACAGACAAAUGGCUCGAUACCUUUUAUUCCUACUGUGACUAGAGAUUUAUGUGCAGGGAAGCCAUCAUUCUACAGGAGCUAAAUACUAAUACAUACUAAGGAUUCAUGCAGUGUUAUGGUAACCUCUGGAGAUAAAAUAACACAUCCUUAAUGCAUAAUUGCAUGAGUUUGGAGAUUUUUAAAAAUGCACAGAGCAGACCAUACUACAUAAUGACAUCUUUGUUUGCAAACCGUGAGGAAAUUUGAAACGUAAGAUCACAAAAUAUGGCACUAUGAAACAAAAUUGCCAAAUCACCUUAUCGAAGGAAGGGGGGAAGACUUGAGCAGUAGUGUUAAUUAGAAAAGUGCAGCAUCAUCUACGGCAGCUACUCUACGACCCUAUCAAAAACUAUCUCCACUCCAGCUGGAAAUUCUACGAUCACGAUCCACGUCCCCUGCGAUUACAGUGCCGGUAUGGGCUAAGUCCGUGGAAACGAUGGUAUGGCAGCUUGCACCUGUCUGGGGCGAGCAUCGCUGCAGAAAGCCGGCGCUGCUAGCAACGAGGCAGUUGGGGGUGCGGUAGGUAGUUUGAAGUGAGAGCGGCCGACUUCUCUCUUAGCUGGCGCCUAACGAGCCCCUGCCUCAGCGUCGAGGCCUCUUCUGGGCAGUCCGGACGGCUACGGGACCGCUCCCGGGGGCGGCCGUGGGAGCGGAGCACGCGUGCGCGUUCGUGCCUGCUGCCGCCAGAGCUCCGGAGAGGAAGGGGGAGGCUGCGGGGCAGGGGCAGCUCCGCCCGGAGCCCGCUUCUGCGGCGGCAGACGCGGCCGUGACCGCCUUUCGGGGCGGUGCGGGGGGCGGCCGCGCGGGACGACGUCGCCGCGCGGGACGACGUCACCGCACGGCGCAGUGCGGGGCUGGGCCGUGCACCGCUAGAGCAGAUCUGUCAGCGCCUAUCCUGAGAUGCUAUUUUGGAACUCAUUCGGCUGUUCCACCUGGCACAGUACGCACACUUUGGCUACAGGAGCAAUUCCGAUGAGUCCCGAGGAGUCUGUUCAGCACUUGAACGCUAUUAAUCUCUGAGAGAGCAGUGGCAGUGCUGAGGGUGGCUUGUGGGACGCCUACCCGCGAUGAUUCCACCGUCUGCAACAACCCCUGUCAGCGAUGCUGCGUUCUUGCCGAGCGUGGCUUCUCAGGAAAUCUGGCGGUCACAAGUUCCAGGCUAUUCUGGAUCGGUCGCGCGGCACAUAAGUCAUCGGGCCAACAACUUCAAGAGACAUCCGAAAAGGAGAAAACACAUCCGCCCUUCGCCGCCGCCGCCGCCGAAUACUCCGUGUCCUAUUGAUUUGAUUGACUUUGGGGAUCUCCAGCCUCAGAGGUCUUUCCUAGAACUCCUGUUUAAUGGAUGCGUUCUCUUUGGGCUGGAGUUCAGCUAUGCCAUGGAAACAGCCUACGUUACCCCUGUGCUGCUUCAGAUGGGGCUUCCGGACCAACUGUAUGGAAUGGUGUGGUUCAUCAGCCCUAUAUUAGGGUUCUUGCUACAGCCUUUGCUGGGUGCCUGGAGUGACAGAUGCACAUCAAGAUUUGGGAGGAGAAGACCUUUCAUUCUGGUGUUGGCAAUAGGAGCGUUGCUUGGGCUCUCGCUUAUGCUGAAUGGCAAAGAUAUAGGGAGCGCCUUGUCUGACACUGCGAAUAACCACAAAUGGGGGAUUGUUCUUACGGUCUGCGGUGUUGUCCUCAUGGACUUCAGCGCAGAUUCAGCAGACAAUCCCAGUCAUGCCUACAUGAUGGAUGUAUGCAGCCCAGUGGAUCAAGACAGGGGCCUCAACAUCCACGCUUUGUUAGCAGGUCUUGGAGGUGGCUUUGGUUAUGUUGUUGGAGGAAUACACUGGGAUAAAACCAGUUUUGGAAAAGCCGUGGGAGGGCAACUUCGCGUCAUCUAUGUCUUCACCUCAGUUAUACUGACUGUCGCUACCGUGUUGACUCUAAUUAGCAUUCCAGAAAGACCCUUAAGGUCCUUUACUGGGAAGAAAAAGGUGAUGAAGAGUCCAAGUCUUCCUCUCCCUCCUUCUCCACCUCUCUUCUUUGAGGAGGGCGUAAAUGAAAACUUUGCUUCUCGUAACUCAGCUCACUUAUAUGCAAGUUUUACGAGUCCCGUGUCCCCCCUCAGCCCGCUCACACCCAAAUACGGCAGCUUUGUCAGCAGAGACAAUUCCUUGACGGGAAUUAAUGAGUUUGCAUCGUCAUUUGGGACUUCAAAUAUUGACAGUGUGCUUAUAGACUGUUUUACAGGCGGGCACAAUAGUUACUUGGGACUUCCAGCUAGCUUGCCCAGGCAGCCUGUCAGCGUCAGCUUUCCCCGGGUGCCUGAUGGCCGUUAUCAAGGAGAAAGCGGAGUUCCGGAGCAAGAGGAGAGCAGCGUUGUGCCGGGGCCUGACGGCGAGGCGCUAAGGGUGGGCUCGCUGGAUGCGAUAAAGCCACGGUCAUCGGGGAUCCUGAAAAGACCUCAGACCUUGGCCAUUCCGGAUCUCGUAACGGGGCAGUGUCCAGAAAAUAGCAGAAGAAGAAACGUAACCUUCAGCCAACAGGUUGCUAAUAUCUUGCUGAACGGUGUUAAGUAUGAGAGCGAGCUGAAUGGAUCAGGCGAGACUUCUGAGCAACCACUCUCCGUGAAACUUCUUUGUUCGACCGUCUGCCAGAUGCCCAAGGCUCUUCGUAACCUCUGCAUCAACCACUUCUUAGGAUGGCUUUCGUUUGAGGGGAUGUUACUCUUCUAUACCGACUUCAUGGGAGAAGUAGUGUUUCAAGGGAAUCCGAAAGCGCCUCACAACUCAGAUGAGUAUCAGAAGUACAACGCUGGGGUCACCAUGGGCUGCUGGGGAAUGUGCAUCUAUGCAUUCAGUGCUGCUUUCUAUUCAGCCGCCCUGGAGAAGCUGGAGGAGCGGUUCAGCACACGGACGCUGUACUUUGUGGCGUAUUUGGCCUUUGGGCUGGGCACGGGGCUGGCCACGCUCUCCAGAAACGUCUACGUGAUCCUGUCGCUGUGCACUACCUAUGGCAUCCUCUUUGCCACGCUCUGCACGCUGCCCUACUCUCUGCUCUGCGACUACUACCAGAGCCGCGAGUUCGUAGGCUCGCAGGCGGAGGGCACGCGUCGCGGGAUGGGCGUUGACAUCUCCCUGCUGAGUUGCCAGUACUUCCUGGCGCAGAUCCUCGUGGCCCUGGCCAUGGGGCCGCUGACGGCGGUCGUGGGCAGUGCCAGCGGUGCCAUGUACUUCGCCAGCCUGGUGUCCUUCCUGGGCUGUCUCUUCUCCUCCCUCUGCGUCACCUACGAGCUGCCGCCCGCCGAGGAGCUGCCGCCCGCCGAGGAGCAGCGCCCGCUCUUGCCCCGUGCGCGGAACGAAUAAAUGGGAGAAACUGC